AUGGCGUCCUCUCACUCUCAUCGUCCCCUUAAUUCGAGAACGCCCUCAGUCCUAUCAGAUUCCGACGAUGAUCUCGAGUUGGAGGAACUCGGCGCGGGAACGUCGAGGCCGACUAGUCGCGAAUAUACAUCAAGGCGAACCCAUGAACGCAACUGGUCUAGUCCCGGAAUCGCGUUGAGAAAUAUCAGGGCCUCUGCCCGCAACCGACUGCGGAGCCGUGGACAGAGAAGUUCUGCGCAUCGGGAACGUGAUGAGGGCUUGGAUGCUUUGCUCUUUGACCACGAAGACGAGGGCCAGAGGUCAUCUCGUGCUGCAUCGAGCUCCGCCGAUGAUAAUGCUCCCCUCCUCAGCGCGUCAAAUCAGAGUGGUCCCUCUCCCUCGCGCCCCUCAAGAGCAGACGCGCUCUAUGCCAGUAUAGGCUCCAAGCUACGGCUACCUCGUUUCGCAGCGGCUUCUUCUAUGGGGGCUACAGGAAAUGUUUUUGGCCGUGAAAACUCAUCGGAACCCAAGCCUACACGAUUGGUGUUGGUGGGUCAGCAACAGAGCGUUCGGUACCCAGCCAACGUCGUGUCAAAUGCAAAAUACACAGCCUGGAGUUUCCUCCCGCGUACUCUGUAUAACGAAUUCUCGUUCUUUUUUAACAUCUACUUCCUCCUUGUUGCCCUUUCUCAAAUUAUCCCCGUCCUAAGGAUCGGCUCAUUACGUGAAUCCAGAGACGAUCCGAGCAAUGAAAUGAUUACUCCUUUUGAGGUGACCAAGAAAUCGAAAGAUCUCAAAGUUGGCGAUAUCUUGAAGAUACGAAAAGACCAACGCCUCCCGGCCGAUGUUGUUAUUUUAAAAUCCUUGCAUAGCGAAUCGGCGAUUCCCGCUACCUCGGGUUCAAGUUGUGACGGUGGUGAUGCGCCGAUGCCACCGAUGGAUGCUCACUCUAUCCGUGCCGAUUCUGACAACGGCGACUCUGUGGACGCAUUUAUACGUACUGAUCAGUUAGAUGGAGAAACUGAUUGGAAGUUACGGAUUGCCUUGCCACUGACGCAGGCUCUACCGCUCGCAGACUUGCGCAGAAUUCGAAUCACGGCCGGGGCUCCUGAAAGAAGCGUCAAUGAUUUUGUAGGAAGAGUAGAACUUGCGCCGGUCUCGCAAUCAUACGACCCUCCUAUAGAAACCGGCGGCGAAGCCUCCAAAGCUUUGCAACAUCAAUCCGCACCCCUCACUAUCGAUAAUACAGCCUGGGCAAACACCGUACUUGCUUCGAAUACCACUACUUUUGCGACAGUUAUCUAUACCGGCUCUCAAACGCGCUCGGCAAUGUCCACGUCUCCUUCUCGGUCCAAAGUCGGCCUUCUUGAGUUCGAAAUCAACAGCCUAACAAAGAUCUUGUGUGUUCUAACAUUGUCUUUAUCUAUCAUUCUCGUUGCAUUGGAAGGCUUUCAACCCACAAGCGAUAAAAAAUGGUACAUCGCUAUAAUGAUUUAUCUUAUUCUUUUCUCGACGAUCAUUCCCAUGAGUUUACGGGUAAACUUGGAUAUGGCCAAAUCAGUGUAUGGGAGGUUUAUUGAACGGGAUAAAGGAAUUCCCGACACCAUUGUGAGGACCAGCACCAUUCCUGAGGAUUUGGGAAGAAUAGAGUAUCUACUUUCAGAUAAAACGGGCACACUAACCCAAAAUGAGAUGGAAUUGAAGAAAAUCCAUGUGGGUACCGUAUCGUACGCUAAUGAGGCGAUGGAAGAGGUUGCAGCAUAUGUUCGGCAAGGCUUCUCUACUUCAUCUGCUUCAGAUAACUCCGAUACAAUCUCCCUAGUCACGCCGUCGUCAGUGAAUGCGAUCCAGUCAGGCAUGGCUGGAACUACACGGACGCGGCGUGAGAUCAGCUCCCGAGUAAGGGACCUGAUUAUGGCUCUCGCUAUCUGCCAUAAUGUCACCCCAACCUCAGAUGAAAAGGAUGGCCAGCCUAUCACUACUUAUCAAGCCUCGUCUCCAGACGAGAUAGCGAUCGUAAAAUAUGCUGAAGAGGUUGGCGUUCGACUAGCAUACCGUGACAGGCAAAAGAUAUUGCUUCGAUCUGUGGAGACCGGCAAGAUUGUUGUGAAGGGUAGGAUAUUGGAUAUCUUCCCGUUUACGUCAGACAGCAAACGUAUGGGCAUUGUUGUUCAAUUUUCUCACACGCAAGGGGCAGAUGAAAGUGAAGACGAAAUCUGGUUUUUCCAGAAGGGCGCCGACACGGUUAUGUCGUCCAUUGUAGCAGCCAAUGACUGGCUUGACGAGGAGACGGCCAACAUGGCCCGGGAGGGCCUCAGAACACUGGUGGUUGGAAGGAAGAAACUUUCUCAACAACGAUAUGAAGAAUUUUCUACAAGUUACAAGCACGCAUCGCUUUCUUUAAGUUCGAGGGAUUCUCUCAUGGCAAAGGUGAUACAAAGUCACCUGGAAUGUGACUUGGAGCUCCUUGGCGUAACUGGAGUAGAAGACAAACUCCAAAAAGAUGUGAAGCCGUCUCUUGAGCUUCUUCGAAACGCCGGUGUCAAAAUAUGGAUGCUCACAGGUGACAAGGUUGAAACUGCACGAUGUGUUGCUAUUUCGUCGAAGUUGGUGUCCCGGGGACAAUAUAUCCAUACAGUUUCAAAACUGAAAGACCUAGAGUCAGCUCAAGAGGCCCUCGACUUCCUCCGAAACAAAACCGAAUCAUGUCUGCUCAUUGAUGGAGAUUCCCUUUCUCUAUUGCUAAGCCAGUUUCGGUCUGCCUUCAUAUCCGUUGCUGUGCUUUUACCGACUGUCAUUGCAUGUCGAUGUUCUCCAACGCAAAAAGCAGAAAUCGCAUUAUUAAUCCGGCGCCAUACCAAAAAGCGAGUGUGUUGCAUCGGGGAUGGCGGCAACGAUGUAUCUAUGAUACAAGCUGCGGACGUCGGAAUCGGUAUCGUGGGAAAAGAAGGUCGUCAAGCGUCCCUUGCAGCCGAUUUCAGUAUCACGCAAUUCCACCAUCUCACGAAGCUUCUCGUCUGGCACGGCCGGAACUCCUAUAAGCGGUCUGCAAAAUUGGCCCAAUUCAUCAUGCACCGAGGCUUGAUAAUCAGCGCGUGUCAAACGAUGUACAGUAUCGCAAAACACUUUGAACCUAAGGGUCUCUUCAUCAACUGGCUUCUUGUCGGAUACGCAACUGUUUACACCAAUGCCCCCGUUUUCUCGCUCGUCCUUGACCGAGAUGUUGACGAAGAACUCGCAAACCUCUACCCCGAAUUAUACAAAGAACUCAAAUCAGGCCGGAGUCUGAGCUACCGGUCAUUUUUCACUUGGGUUUUCGUAUCCGUAUACCAAGGAUCUGUGAUCCAAGGAUUUUCCCAAAUCCUCGUCGACGCUACUUCUGGCCCCAGGCUCAUCAGCGUCUCCUUUACAGCCCUAGUUUUGAAUGAACUCGCCAUGGUGGCGAUCUCAAUCACAACGUGGCAUCCAGUUAUGAUAUUCUGUAUCAUUGGCACGGCAUUAGUGUAUGCGGCCAGCGUUCCAUUUUUGGGAGAUUAUUUCGACCUGCGCUACGUGAUCACCCUUGGAUGGGCGUGGAGAGUUGCCGUUGUGUGCGCUAUAUCGUUGGUACCCGUAUGGGCUGUCAAGUUCAUUAGCAGGACCUGGAGCCCUCCAAGUUACCGCAAGGUGCGAGGGUAG